GGUGAUUUACAUUAAAGCUGUUCUUUGUUAAAAACGAAAGCAACGUUUACCUGUAUCGGAUAGACUCCUUGCCGCCAGUUUAAGCGUAAACCACUAACUAAUCCAAAUGGAUACGGAUAUUCAGAGAUGCUUCCGGAGCAAGACGGUGUUCCUCACAGGAGCCACUGGCUUUUUGGGAAAAGUCGUCAUUGAGAAACUUCUGCGGACCACGGAGGUGAAACGCAUCUAUGUGCUGAUCAGACCGAAGCGCGGAGUUGAGAUUACGGAUCGGGUUAUCACGUGGUCAAAGGACGCGGUGUUUGAACUGCUGCUCAAGUCCAAGCCGGAGGCCCUUCAAAGAGUGUGUCCCAUCGCAGGGGAUUGCCUCGACUUCGAUUUGGGAAUCAGCGAGAAUGAUCGAAGACUUCUGGCCUCCGAAGUGCAGAUUGUCAUCCAUGGAGCAGCCACCGUGCGAUUCAAUGAGCCGCUUCACACGGCCCUCGCCAUCAACACAAGGGCCACCCAACUGAUGAUCCAACUGGCCAAGGAAAUGCGGCAGCUGCAGGCCUUUGUUCACAUCUCCACCGCCUUCUCCAACUGCGUUAUCUACAACAUCAAGGAAAACUUCUACCCCGAGCACCUCAACUGCAGCGCCGAUAAGGUGCUGGCCAUGGCUGAGCUGGUGAGCGACGAGCUCCUGGACAACAUGGAGCAAGCGCUUCUUGGCUCUUUUCCCAACACGUACACCUACACCAAAGCACUGGCCGAGGACGUGAUCCUGAAGGAAGCGGUUGGCUUGCCACUGUGCAUCUUCCGACCGGCAGUCAUUAUCGCGGCACACAAGGAACCCAUCUCCGGCUGGAUUGACAACAUGUACGGACCAAUGGCCAUUCUUUUCGGCGUGGCCCGUGGGGUACUGCGCAUUGCCACCAUCGAUCACCAUGCCGAAGCAAGCCUGGUGCCCGUGGACUACUGCGCCAAUUUGACUCUGGCCUGCACCUGGAAAACCAUUGACGAAGGCAGCGGAAUGGAGGCACAGGAAACACCUGUUAUCUACCAACUGGCGCCCAUUGAGCAGAACAAAAUCACCCACGGCGAGUUCAUCCGACACGCCCUCGACGGACGCACCAACUGCCCGCUGACCAAGAUGAUUUGGUAUCCCUUUAUUCACUGCAUCACAGUGCCGUGGCUCUUCCCCCUGGCAGCCUUCUUCUACCACACCCUGCCAGCCUACUUCUUCGACCUGGCUCUCUGUCUGAGUGGCCGGAAGCCCAGGCUGGUUAAGGUUUACCAGAAGAUCCACAAGACUCUGGGCAUCUUGGGCCCCUUUGCCUGCAAGAGCUGGCGCUUUGACAUGCGGAACACGGAUCGCCUGAGGCAGCUCAUGUCGGAGGAGGAUCGAAGGAUAUACUACUUCGAUAUGGCCCGCCUCAACUGGAAGGCAUACUUCCUUCAAGCUCUUUGUGGCAUGAGGCAGUUUUUGGGAAACGAGCCACCCACUCCGGAGUCCAUUGCUCGAGGCAAGAAGCUCAUUAGGCGUUUGAAGCUGCUCCAUCAUAUCCUGCAAGCUGUCCUGUGCUUAGUGGCCCUCCUAGCAUUGUGGUCGGUGGUAAGGAUCUUAGUGUGAUUCAGAAGUAUAAAAGCUAUCAGUCGACUCGCGUAAUUGCCUCAAUAAAUAUAUUCAACACAUAGAAAGUAGCGUA